GUGGGGGUCCCGAGCUCCGGAACUCCCUCCCUAAACCCUGAACCCUCUCUCCGUUAGCCCUCCCUCUCCCACCGAUCCUCGAGGUCCCUGUUGGUGCUGAGAGUGGGACGGCUCGCCCCGGAGUGAGACUCGCUGGGGGUUGUUGUUGUUGUAGUAGACCCCCCGCCCCCUUCACCGAUUGACCGAUUUCUCCCCGCAGCCCUUCCGCCUGGCAUGAUGACGUCGCAGAUCGGAGGCCAGGUUGACAUCAGCUGUGGCGCUGGGGACCAGGAGGGGACGGAAUGGAGGUUCAACAACAGGGUGCUGGGUGCCAGGCACCUCUCCGGCGUCAACGGCAGCCGGCUGACCCUGGAGGACGUCCGGGUGAAGGACACGGGCACCUACACCUGCCUCAGGAACGGCACCAAGGUCAAGGGCGUCCGGCUGCUCGUUGGAGAGCCACCAAAGACACCGAACCUCUCUUGCCUGUUGAAGUCGUACCUGAGACCAAUUACAUGUCAGUGGCACUCCAGGGAGCUCAAGAGGUUGACCAAGUGCAUUCUCUCCUACAGGACCAGCCUCCAGCAGAACGUCACGCUGAAGCCGUGCAAGUUCUACACGAGCCGUCAGGUCUGCGUGUGCAUGGUUCCCCACACCGAGGGCGAGUACGAACACUACUUCAUCGCGCUGGCUGUUUCCAACGGCAUCAGCUGCUCCCGCAGCAAGGAGAGGAUGUUCACCUUCGACAGCCUGUUGAGGUCGGACCCUCCAGAAAUGGUCAGGGUGAGGCCUGUGCGUAAGGCCCCCCACAAGCUGAACGUGACCUGGGUCUACCCGCAAAGUUGGCAGCGGGGCUUCUACGCCCUCAAGUUCGAAGUCACCUACGGCGUCCAAGGGGAGCUGUUCUUCAAGUCGGUUGUCGUUAAGGACACGGCCUUCCUGAUCGCCGACGCCCUGCCCGACAAGAACUACACGGUGCUGGUCCGUGCACAGGAAGAGUUCAGCCACGGCUCCUGGAGUGAGUGGAGCCCGGAGGCAUUCGGCGUUCCCUGGGCAGAUCCUCGGAGGAACAUGGUGCCGCAGGAGGACGUUGAGGGGUACCCGUCCACGGAUAUCGAGUGCGAGGCAUGUUCCCUCGAGGAGAAGACACCUCAAGAGUCCCAUCAUCCGGAGCGGAACGUCUUCCCGGAUUACGUGCUGUGUCUUGUGGUAACGUGUUUGGCUGGCGUGACCAUCCUCUUCGUCAUCAUGCUGGUCAGAUACAGGAAGAAAUGGCGGACCCAAGUCAAGGGGAAAGGCCAAGAAGAGGCCCAACCAGAAAGCCUGGGCAUCAGCUUGAUCAGGAGGCCUCAGGCGCAGCAGGAUCCCAAGGACCGUGAGGCCUCGGCCGAGACUCCGUUCCAAGGAGAGCCCGGCGCCCUGCCCUCGGAGGAGGAGGGGGACGAUCACUCCCAAGAGGAGGCCUCUCAGUUUGACGUCACCAACCCUGGUUAUUAUUACAUCCCCCAGUGAACUGUAAUGGGAUCUCACUUGGGAAUUGGGACCUGGGUGUCCCAAGAGACGGCAAGGCCUCUCCCGUUGGACUGGGUGGCGGGGAAGAGGCUGGACUUGGCCGGGGGGGGUGGGUUUUUCUCGGAUCCGCGGAGCCUAUCGAAGCGGAGAGGCCUCCCUCCUCGAGCCCCACUCUCUGUGUGGCUUGCUUGUCUCGCUCCUUGUGGCCUUUCUCGGGACUCAGCCCCUCCCCGCCCCUCCCCCCCCCACCCUCCUCCCCUCUCGGCUGGGGGCGGCUGCCGGCGGCCAUCUUGUAAGGUCCCAGGGCGCUGGAUGGGCGCUCCCUCGCCGUGGGGCGGGACGGACGCACGACGGGGCCGGACCCAAACCCAGGGCAGCAUCUUCCUGUCAGCGGUGGCGACGAGGACCGUAUCCCGGGGCGGAGGAGGGGGGAUAGCCAGGAAACCAUGCCGACCUGGCAACCGGAUGACCUUCACGAUGGACGCCACAUCUCAAAACGGAAGAUGGCGACCGGUGGACUUUCUGGAACUCUCUUUCUCUGUCGAUCUACAGGCCCGCUCCCCAUUACCCCGGUAACCGGAGGCUUGGGAGCUGUUGUUACGGGAUGCCUCCUCUUCCGGGGACGGCGGCCAGUUGUCCCGUUUUGGUUGGCGGAGGAGCCUGGGCCCUGACCAUUCGGCCCUGAGGCCACUCGGCCCCUCAGUCUUGCUCCUAGAUUCAAUAAAAUGGCUGACCUCUGAUUUUCAACUUCCUCUGCCCUCAUAAUCAUUCCCAAAUCCAUACAAAAAUCUGUCCAGGGAUUAAAUUGAGGAACUUUGACCAGCUUAUUGUUGAAAUCCGCGGAGUUUGUCUUGGUUAUAGAGUGAUUGAGAAACGAGGGCUAGUUGAUUGUAAUUUUAGUUACAGUUAAAUAACAAUUAAGUACGAUAUUUUUGGACAAUCCAAAGUAAAAUCUCUGGAAAUA